UUCUGUAUCACCGGAGUUCGGAAAGCAACCUCGGAGCUGCCACGGGCUACCGAUGGGUUCUUUGCCGUGUUUAUACGUGUAUCCUGUUUUUAUUUUAGCGCUUGCUUUUAAAAAAUUAUCUCUAGCUAAUAUCAUUAUUAUCACAUUUUGAUCUCGACAAGUAAUACUCCCCGAAAAAAAAAUGUACACUGCGUUAAUUUGAUAGAAAAAUAUAAUAGACAUUUAACAACGCUACACCGUCAAGACGUUUGACUCCGCUGAAGGAAGGGCAAAGAAGAAAAGUGUCCCAAGUAUGAAUAUUCUUUAUGAAGUUUUUUUCAACGUCUUUCGACUCAGGUAGUUAAGCUGACUUGGGAAAAAAAAUAUAAAAAGGACGGGGUGUGGCUGAUUAGCCCACGUUUAUGAUGUUCUAGGCUAGGUUUCAAAUGAUAGGCCACGAUAGAAAAGUUGAUCAAGGUUGUUAAAAGAAAGAAAAUACAGUAAUGUCUGUUCCUUCCACAUCAUCAAAAAAGCUUAGUGAAGGAAAACCAGGAGGUACAAGUCCAAGUCCUAUUGAAAGUAUCGAAGUUGUUCCUGGACCUAGUUCUUUAGAUCCUAUGCAUUGCACCUUUCCACAAGAUGGUGAAUCUGAAGAAUAUGGUGAUGAAGAAGAUGAAGAUGAUGAUGAAAGUAGUGAAGAAGAGAGUGAAAUUAGUGAUUCUGGCUUAUUUCGUGAUGCUGAGUGCGAAGAAGAAAUUGAAGGUAGCAGUUGUUCAUCGCCCGUAUUACAAGCUCAGCCAUGUUUACCACAGAGAGUUCAUAGUCCUAUAUUACACACAUGUGUUCCAUUGGAUAUUGUACAACCUCAUAGAAAACGAAAAAGUGAAACAGAGUCUAGUUUACCAUGCAAAAAACUUAAUCCAGAAGAUAAAUCUUAUAUAAUGAAUGCAAAAAAAUUGGAUGAUAAGGCUAAACAUAUUAGAUGUGUCAUUCCAACAAAAGAUAAUCCACCACCUGAAAUGAAUAACUGGCUUUUGCAAUUUCAAAGGUGGUCAAAUGCAGAAAGGAUGUUAGCCAUAGACGAAUUAAUAGAAAGAUGUGAACCAACGCAAGUACGCCAUAUGAUGCAGGUUAUAGAACCACAAUUUCAAAGGGAUUUUAUAUCCUUACUGCCAAAAGAAUUAGCCUUAUCGGUAUUGGCUUUCUUAGAACCCAGGGAUUUAUUACGUGCAGCACAAACUUGUAGAAAUUGGAGAUUUUUAGCAGAUGAUAAUUUACUUUGGAAAGAGAAAUGUAUAGCUGCUGGUAUAGAUGAUUUAAAAGAUUUACCUCCUUCAAAACGUAAAAAUUGUAGAAAUCCUGGCAACUCUUCAUCACCAUGGAAACAAGCUUACAUGCGACAACACAAUAUAAAAAUGAAUUGGAGAACAAAGCCAAUCCGUACCCCAAAAGUUCUUAAAGGUCAUGAUGAUCAUGUUAUUACAUGUCUUCAAUUUUCUGGUAAUCGAAUAGUUAGUGGUUCUGACGAUAAUACUCUUAAAGUUUGGUCAGCUGUUACGGGUAAGUGUUUACGAACAUUGGUUGGACAUACAGGUGGUGUAUGGUCCUCCCAAAUGUCAGGUACUACUGUAAUUAGUGGUAGUACAGAUCGUACCUUAAAAGUAUGGAAUGCAGAGACUGGACAGUGUAUACAUACUUUGUAUGGCCAUACAUCAACAGUGAGAUGUAUGCAUUUAUAUGGAAAUAAAGUGGUUAGUGGUAGUAGAGAUGCCACAUUAAGAGUGUGGCAAGUAGAUACUGGUGAAUGCCUACAUGUACUUGUGGGUCAUUUGGCAGCUGUCAGAUGUGUGCAAUAUGAUGGAAAAUUAGUUGUCAGUGGAGCUUAUGAUUAUAUGGUAAAAGUAUGGAAUCCCGAACGCGAGGAGUGCCUUCAUACAUUGCAAGGACAUACUAAUCGCGUCUAUUCCCUCCAAUUCGAUGGUGUACAUGUUGUUAGUGGAUCACUAGAUACAAGUAUAAGAGUAUGGGAAGUAGAAACUGGUGCUUGUAGACAUACUCUUAUGGGCCAUCAGUCUCUUACUUCAGGUAUGGAAUUGCGUAAUAAUAUUUUGGUGUCUGGAAAUGCAGACUCUACAGUCAAGGUAUGGGAUAUUGUUAGUGGGCACUGCCUUCAAACACUUUCUGGUCCAAAUAAGCAUCAAUCAGCAGUUACUUGUCUGCAGUUUAAUAGUCAUUUUGUGAUUACUUCAUCUGAUGAUGGUACUGUUAAACUAUGGGAUGUCAAAACUGGUGAAUUUAUAAGAAAUCUAGUUGCUUUAGAAAGUGGUGGGAGUGGUGGAGUUGUAUGGAGAAUACGUGCAAGUGACACAAAAUUGGUGUGUGCAGUUGGUAGCCGUAAUGGUACUGAAGAAACAAAACUUCUUGUCCUCGAUUUUGAUGUAGAGAUAAAAUAGUGCACUUUCUCACAGACUGGAUUCCUGCUCCUUUGUACGACUUCUGUACAUACUUUAAUUAGGUAGCAUAACCAAUUUACUGUACAAUGUUUCAUGUAUUACAUGGUGUGAUUGUGAUAAGACUGUAUGGUGGAAAUUUGAAGAAGUUGAUUCAAGUCAAUUUUGGACAUUAUGCGCGAUCUUCGAUUAAAUGAGUUGUCUAACAUUGACGGGAUUAAUUGCAUAACUUACGGAGUGUAUCAAUUGCAGUGUACAAAUAUGAGAUUUAAAAGACUCAACAGCCUCUGGGGAAUGAGAGCUUUAUAAGUGUAAUACUGAAUUAUUGCUGUUAUUGAAUUUAACGAAAUCGUUACGGAUAUAAAAGGAGGCAUGAUAAUUCUUUCAUCUUAAUGCAAGUUUAUGUGGGCUAUGAAAAAGAUUUCUUAUAAAAAAAAUAAGGUUUUAUUAAUAUUAUGGAACGGUUAUUUAUAGAAUUUCAAUUAAAAUAAGUAAUUAUUAAUUGUCCACAUAAGUUACAACUUGAACGUCAUUCUUUUUUAUUAAUUUUUCUUUUUUUUUUGUUUUUGUUUUUUAAAGAAAUUUCUGAUUAAAUCUUUUUUAUUAUAAAUGCAAAUAUCAUGCCACAUGAUUUAGAUAUCAAUCUGUAUCUAUUUAGAAACAUGAUUUUUGUUGUAAGAAUGGAAAUACAUUGUUGUGAGACUGAAAAAGAGAUACAUAUGGGAGGACACAAAGAUUUAGAUUUUGUAACUAUCACUUGAAUAUAAUCGUGUAAUAUCUAAUAUUAGUGAAUCAUUAGGUAUAGUAAAAAUUUUUUUAAUACUAAAAUUUUAAGAUUACAUCGAAAUAUGUAUAAAAAAAUUUUUUUUCUUUUCCUUUUUUUUUGCUUGAAAAUGCAAAAAUUUGAUAAGAUAACUUUUAUGUGUAUACAAAUUGAUAAGGAGAUAGAAUUCAGUCUUAAUUGGAAUUCUGGAGUCAUGGAGAAUAUGACACGAAUUUGUUUCGAUAUAUUCACGUUAAAUAGGCGUAUAUGUGAUAUAUAAAUAUUUUCAUUAGGUGUAAUCCCAUAUGUGUGGCGAUUAAAUCUCCAUCGUUUAAUAUAUUCAAAAAUUAAAAUGACUUUUAUAUAAGUAUAAAAAGAUCUAAAAAUGAGCGGAUCAUUAGGAUUAUUGGAAAAGGAUUUAUUUAUUCUAUGUAAGCAAUCGUAACAUAAAUGAUCGAAAAGCAAAUGUAAUGAAAAGGCUCGCAUCGAAAGUUAUAGAAUGUCUUUUUUUGAUAAUUCAUAAAAGUAUUUUUUUUUACCAAGGGGCAAUAAUAAGAGCUGCAUAUUAUCCCCAUAUAGUAUGUAUAUGCUAAUUUUAUAGCAUCGCUUAUAUAAUCACGAUCUUUAGAGCCCCUAUGAGUUGUCAAAAGUAAGUUAAAAAGUUAGACUAAAAAGGCAUUUAUUUAUUAUUCCAGCUUAGAAUUUACAGUAAAUCGAAGUGAUGUAGACAAUAAUGAAUUAUUGCACUUAAUCACAAUCAUUAUUCCUGAGAUAGAUAAAAAUAAGCUUGCAAAAAAAAUUCAAAAUAUUAAUUUUUUCCUCUUGCAAAAAGUUUAUAUGCCCGUAGAAAGGGCAUUAUAAGGAAUGCAAGAAAUUAUAUUUUGUGUGAAUGCAUCUUUUAUUAUUGGACCCUGGUUAUCCUAAGGAUCGUGUUUUAUUUGUAUAUUGCUUAAUAGUUUAUAUUAUAAGGAUGUGUUAUCUGUUGUAUCAUUUUUUACAAGAAAUAGAAAAUGUUGCUCCAUUUUAGAAAAA